CAGAAAACACAGAAAACUUGAUCAGCUCAACUCAACAAAAAAUCCUUUAGAUCUGUCGCCCUUACAGAGUAUUCGAACAAUUCAGCUUUCUAUUAUAUAUAAAAUUCCUGAAGUAAUAUGCACUCCAGAAGUUCCCUCGCUUCAAAGGCUAGCCUGUUUCUAUGUGUGCUAGCGUGCUUUGUUGGUAUUUUGGCUCAGCCACCUGCUCCGAAGAAGCAAACUCUGAGCUGCCCUCCACCGGGUGCAGAAAACGCAAAAUUUACCCAUUCUGCAUGUACUAUUGACCCCAACCGCAACACGAAAGCUAGUUUCCCUGGAGCUCCAAAUCUGGAUGGUGCUUUUAAUUGUGGAGAUAAGAACGUCAAAACUCCAUUGUGUUGCGAUACUAUUGUUUCUCAAUCCAAAGUAAAAGCCAACCGGGAUUUACCACCUACAGACCCAAAAAUGGGUCGCUGCACAACUAAAACAGCAAUAGGUAAAAAUCCAAAUGCAGACCCAACAAACAGAAAGAAUACAUAGGGGGGAGGUACACACAAAUGUACCUCAUACUGGUGAUCAUUCAUCAUUUCAAGUGAUCUUCUUUUCUAGGUCAUACACUGGCCCAGUCUGUUUUUUUUUUCCCUUCUUUUUUCUUUCUAAAAAUUGAAAUCAUCUGUUGUUUCUAUUGAUAAUGGCUUUUGUGGCUUUUUUCCCCAGAACCUAUAGAGAACCAAUUGGACACUAAUCCUAUCUUGUCCCAUCAUCUAUCAAGUACAAUUAGAAUAUUGCAUGUAUCAGUAUAAUAAGUCUUCCAAUUUCUUCACAAUACCUAAAUUGUUAAUACUGUAGAUAUACAUAAAGAUUUUCUGAACUGUUCCCUUGCCAUCUGAAAUUUGAAGAUAUAUUUUUUGUUGAUAUCUAUUUUCAUUUCAUUUAUGAAGCAAGCAACCCAGCUUGUUCUAAAAAAUAAUGGGGAUG